AACAGAGAGAGAGAGAGGGAGAGGAGAGAGAGAGUGCAGCACUGCAGGGGUCUACUGAGGAACUGGAAGUCGGGAAAUGGCGGAGGCGACGAAUUCGAGCUUGGGCACGUAGGCGUUGUUCCUGCCAUCGCCGCAGCGGUUGCCGGACUCUUACGCCGCCGCCGCCGCCGCCGCCGGAGACCACUAGUUCUCCUGCGCGGCGGCUCCGCGGCUCCUGCGCUCUCUUUUACCUUCCUCCCGCUAGGGUUUUCUCCGAUCCCCAAUCACUGCUAGUUCACAAAUGGCUUCAUCACAGCAUGCUAGUUCACAAAUGGCUUCAUCGCAGCAUGUUGAGAUGGAGGCCGCAAAACUUCUACAUAAACUUAUUCAGGAGUCGAAGGAUGAGCCUGCUAAACUAGCAACAAAACUUUACGUGAUAUGUCAGCAUAUGAAACUAAGUGGAAAGGAGCAGUCACUGCCAUAUCAAGUCAUAUCGAGGGCUAUGGAGACAGUUGUGAACCAACAUGGAAUUGAUAUGGAUGCAUUGCGAUCAUCGCGAAUUCCAUUUGCUGGUGGUCCUCAGGCAGGGGAUUCUAGUGGUGCCAUGUCAAAGGACAAGGAGGUCAUUGGUAACCAGUCUCCGAUGGUUGGAAGUGAUGCAUCCCAAACUAGUGGACAAGCUGGACUGUGGCAGCUUCCAUCAGGUUCAACUGAUAUGACAAGGCAUGGGACAUCUAUUUCGGGUAGGCUACCUACAGGGCCAAAUAGGGGAGAUUUCUCAGCAGCUGAAAUUCAUCAAGCCUCCAUGUCACAAAAGAGCGGUAGAUCCUCUGGCAUUGAAAGCCCUGCAAGCCUGCAGAUGGAGGAUACCAGAUCUAUGAAUUCACACGAUUCUUUGAAAUCUGAUGAGAAAACAAGCAAGAAAACCUCUUCCAAGAGAAAAAGGAUGGAUUCAAAAGGAGCUGGGGAUUUGCAUUCUGAAGACAACUCAAAGUCAGAUGCUAUGUCCACUGGACCGAAUACCAGAAAGGGGAAACAGGUUGGUAAGGCUGGUAGACAAGGUCAACCUUCCAUGGGAAUUGAGCAUGAGCAACCGCAUAUACUGCAAGGUGGUACUGCUCAGGUGCCACCGAUACAUGGUGGUGCACCUUUUCUCAGGACUCACCCAGAAGGUCCUUCUGGGAGGACAAUGGACAAGACGAAACCAUCAAAUCCAUUCUCAAUGGCUCAAAUUCCAAGUUUUCCUGAAGGACUGGCUUCUAGUGGUGCCACCAUCGAGUUGCAAAAAAGUAUACAGGGUGGAGCAAAUUUAUUUAAUCCUAGUUUUGGUUGGAACCAAAACCCACAAGUUCCAACCUUGAAGAAUUCUCAAGGUUCUAUUCCCAAUUUAGUGAGGUCUGGAGUUACUAUCGAAGGCAAAAUUAAUGUAGGGGCACAAGGAGCUUUUAACUCUACCUCGGCACCACAAAUGGAAUUUCCCACAAUUCCUCCUUACAACCCCUCUUCCUUUGGAGUUAGCUCACAGUUUCUGGACAAAGGCAAGGAGUUGGCUUCCAGCAGUACUGGCGCUGAACUUCAUUCCACGUCUAAAGUUGCAUCUCAGCCUGGAAUUCCUCAUGGAAGUCCCAUGCAAGAAAGGCAAGGUAUUAUCAGGGUGCCACAGAGAGCUGAUCCAUCUUCACUUCCGAGCAGAAGUACCGGGCCAAGUCCAAUGUCUCACACUUCUUCCAACACACCAUUUAAAGAACAACAGCUGAAGCAGCUCAGAGCACAGUGCUUAGUAUUUCUUGCAUUUAGGAAUAAUUUGCAGCCCAGGAGGGUACAUCUUGAAAUUGCUUUGGGCAGAGGGCCUCCUGCAGAAAGUGACAGUGCAGGUCAGAGGGGCAGCGAGGGCAGAGUGUCUGAUGCUUUGGGAAAGGAAAAUGGUAGCAGUCGGGAGAAUUCUGGUGUCUUUUGUAGGCAAACUGAUAUCUCUAGACUUCCAUCCACAUCUGCAGGAAGUAUUGCAGAGGUUGAUUCCUUACUGAAGGACCCAGAAAAUGCUACAAAAAAGAUCAAGGUUGCUGAACAGGAGAAGUCAUUGAUGGAAGUAGAAAAUAUCCAGCAAGCUUCAGCUAGUUCUGGAAUGCGUUCCCAAGAAACUGCAUCUCAAAAUCCAUCUGGGCCACAACAGUCAUACUUUCAGGGAGAUACAAGAAGAAUUGCCUCUGAUAUCCAUAGGACUGAUGCUGAAAAUUUGAGCCGGAAUUUAAGUUGGGGAGGCCAGGGAUCUACUGUUUUGGGUGGUACUAGACAGCAUCUGAAUCAGGAAACUAAAGAAUCACUUCCACCUUCAAAGUCACACCAUAUGCCUGGUGAUGGUUUCAACUCCAAUAUACCAGGAAUAGAUCGGACUCCAGAGACAGCCGGAGCUGGUAAUGAUGUUGAAAAUUGUAGCCAUGUUGUGGAUAUUGUGCCUGAGCAGGCUGCUGAUGAUGGAGAUGAGGACCUUCCAGAGCAUGAGGAUUUAUUGUCAUCUCCUCCAAAGCACACAAUGACAGAAAAAUGGAUCUUGGAUUACCAGAAGAGAAUUUACAAUGAGAGACAAAAGAGGGCAUCGGAGCAGCAUAAAUUACACAGCAGAAUGUCAGCAUCAUAUGAGAAGCUAAAGGAGAGUGUCAAUUCUUCUGAAGAUCUUUCCGCAAAGACAAAGAGUGUCAUUGAAUUGAAAAAGCUUCAGCUUCUGCCACUUCAACGUCGUGUACGCAGUGAAUUUUUGCUGGACUUUUUCAAGCCUAAUACAACCGACUUAGAGCGCAUAAAAUCACUGAAGAAACAUAGGCAUGGCCGGCGGGUGAAACAGCUUGAAAAAAUUGAACAGAAAAUGAAGGAAGAAAGGCAAAAGAGAAUUCGUGAGAGACAGAAGGAGUUCUUUGCUGAUAUAGAGGCUCACAGAGAGAAACUUGAGGAUAACUUCAAGGCUAAGAGAGAGCGCUUGAAGGGAUUCAAUCGAUAUGCAAAAGAAUUUCACAAAAGGAAAGAAAGAAUUCAUCGGGAGAAACUGGAUAGGAUCCAACGGGAGAAAAUCAAUCUGCUUAAGAACAAUGAUGUUGAGGGUUAUCUUAGAAUGGUCCAGGAUGCAAAAUCUGACCGUGUCAAGCAACUAUUGCGUGAAACUGAGAAAUAUCUACAGAAACUUGGGAAUAAAUUACAGAAUGCAAAGUCCACAGAUGGCCGCUCAUCUUUUGUUACUGAUAAGAGUGACGCUGCAAACGACAUUGAAGAUGAGAGCUACCAGCCACAGCAUUAUCUGGAAAGUAAUGAGAAGUACUAUCAACUGGCACACAGUGUGAAGGAAACUGUAAAUGAUCAGCCGUCUUAUCUUCAGGGUGGCAAAUUGCGAGAGUACCAGAUGAACGGUUUGCGUUGGCUGGUUUCAUUGUACAAUAAUAAUUUGAAUGGUAUUUUAGCAGAUGAGAUGGGUCUUGGUAAAACAGUGCAAGUAAUCUCUUUGUUAUGCUACCUUAUGGAAACAAAAAAUGACCGUGGACCUUUUCUCGUGGUUGUACCAUCGUCUGUUCUUCCUGGAUGGGAAUCUGAACUCAGCUUCUGGGCACCUAGUAUAAAUAAAAUUGCUUAUUCUGGUCCUCCAGAAGAAAGGCGCAAGAUGUUCAAAGAGAUGAUCGUUCAUCAGAAGUUCAAUGUUCUUUUGACAACAUACGAGUACUUGAUGAACAAGCAUGAUAGGCCAAAACUAAGCAAAAUACAAUGGCACUAUAUAAUAAUUGAUGAAGGGCACCGUAUUAAAAAUGCUUCUUGUAAGCUUAAUGCUGAUUUGAAGCUUUAUCGGAGCUCUCAUCGGCUAUUAUUGACAGGAACACCUCUUCAGAAUAAUCUUGAGGAGCUGUGGGCACUUUUGAAUUUUCUAUUGCCCAAUAUAUUUAAUUCAUCAGAGGACUUCUCUCAGUGGUUUAACAAACCAUUUGAAAGUAAUGGUGAUAAUUCACCUGAUGAGGCCUUACUUUCGGAGGAGGAAAACUUGCUGAUCAUAAAUCGUCUUCACCAGGUUCUUCGGCCCUUUGUACUCCGAAGACUUAAGCAUAAGGUCGAAAAUGAGCUGCCUGAGAAAAUUGAAAGACUUGUGAGAUGUGAGCCAUCUGCUUAUCAGAAACUUCUCAUGACAAGGGUGGAAGAAAAUCUUGGUGGGAUUGGAGCCGUUAAGGUUCGCUCUGUGCACAACUCUGUCAUGGAAUUGAGGAACAUAUGCAACCAUCCUUACCUGAGCCAGCUUCAUGUUGAAGAGAUUGAGGGCUAUCUGCCUAAACAUUUCCUGCCAUCUAUUGUGAGGCUCUGCGGAAAACUUGAGAUGUUGGACAGAUUGCUGCCCAAACUCAAAGCAACUGGCCAUAGGGUUCUACUUUUUUCUACAAUGACAAGAUUGCUUGAUGUAAUGGAGGAUUACCUGGUUUGGAAAAAGUAUAAAUACCUUCGAUUGGAUGGGCACACUUCUGGUCAGGAAAGAGGAGCUCUUAUCGAUAAAUUUAAUGAUCCUAAUUCUCAAGCAUUCAUUUUUCUUCUUAGUAUACGAGCUGGAGGUGUUGGGGUCAAUCUUCAAGCAGCCGAUACAGUUAUCAUAUUUGAUACUGAUUGGAAUCCUCAGGUUGACCUGCAAGCACAGGCUAGGGCCCACAGGAUUGGUCAAAAGAAGGAGGUUCUUGUUUUACGUUUAGAAACGGUCCGAACUGUUGAAGAACAAGUCAGGGCUUCAGCAGAACACAAAUUAGGUGUUGCUAAUCAGAGUAUAACAGCGGGUUUUUUUGACAAUAACACAAGUGCUGAAGAUCGAAGAGAGUAUCUUGAAUCACUCCUACGUGAGUGUAAGAAGGAAGAAGCAGCUCCAGUGUUAGACGACGAUGCUCUGAAUGAUAUUCUAGCUCGGAGUGAAGCUGAGAUUGACAUAUUUGAGUCUAUUGACAAGCAAAGGAGAGAAGAAGAAAUGGCAAUUUGGCAAAAGGUGGUUCAGGAUGGUUCAACUAGUGGGCUAGACCCUGCAGUAUUGCCUUCUCGUCUUGUGACUGAUGAUGAUCUCAAGCCCUUCUGCCAUGCUAUGAAACUUUACGAGCCAUCAUCAAAUGUGAAAACAGUAAAGGUGAAUGUGAGGAAGAAGGGUGAACUUGGGGGGCUUGAUACACAACAUUAUGGAAGGGGUAAACGAGCUCGUGAGGUUCGCUCUUAUGAGGACCAAUGGACUGAAGAAGAAUUUGAAAAACUUUGUCAAGUUGAUUCUCCUGAAUCACCCCAACCUGGUGGCAUGUCAAAGGAUUUGGAUAUUCCUAAUAAAGGCAUUAAGACUGAAAUUGCUGUGGAGAGUUCAAAAGAACCAGAACAAAUGAGGAUGGAGGCAUCCCCAACUGUUGGGGACUCCCCACCAGCCAAACGACGGAGAGGCAGACCUAAAAGGUCAGAUGUUUUCUUAUCUCCUACUGCAGAUCUGACUGAUGCUGUCAAACAAGACACAGGAACCACACAGGAUGGUAGUUUGGCCACACCAGCAAGUACCUUCCAUUCUGAUACACCAGCUACUCCAAUCCAUUCUGCUGCUUCAGAUGUUAAUAUACAUUCUAUUUCACCAGCUGAUAUCAAGAAACAAGAGUUCAGUACUGAUACUAAGCCUUCCAGUUCUGUCUCUGUUUUGGAAGGAUCCACGGCGAAUGAAAUUGGUACACCAUUACAGAGUGUUCAUAAUGUAGCAGCUCCUGCACCACCGCAUCAAUCAGCUAGGGGGAGAAAAUCCCAAGCAGGAGAAACACCUCGCAGGCGAGGCCGAAAACCAAAAUCUCUAUCUUCAUCUGGUGUAGAUGAUGUUAGUCUUAACCCAACUGUUUCAACUGGUAGUGGGGUAGCAGACACUAGUUAUGUUUCUUCAUAUUCUCAUGUGAAUAUGCCCUCAUCACAAGGCACUGCUGUGGCACUGGCAGGAAUCCAGAAGGAUUUGGUCACAGUUAAAUUGGAUACAUUGUUGCCAGAUAGUGGUAAGAAUAUUUCUCCUGUUAAUGAAGAUAAAGGUGCUACUGUUACAACACCUGUGGCAAAAGAUAUCUGUGCUGGAACUGUGACAACAUCAGACAACACUAUCACCCUGACACCGAAUACUCUUAAGGAAAACAUUGGAUUAGUUCAAGUAGCAUCUGCACCUACUAUGCCUAUGCCUGUGGCUUCAGAAGAAUUAUUGAAAACAGCAGCACAUGUUGUGGUGGCAGAUAAGCCUGUUGAGAAGCAAACUGCUUCACGUCGCCGCAGAAAGAAAACAUCUAGUAGCGAGGAUACUGGAGUCAGCACUAGACAAAGAUCAGCUAUGAAAAAAUCUUAUUACAGUACUUCUGUUGCCAUUGAUGAAGUUGGUUCUGCCAUGACCCCAAAUGAGAAAUCAGGUAUAGAGAAGGAAAGAGAUGUCAGUUCAAUUCAAGAUACUCCCAAUCAGCUGCCAAAUAUUAACUCACCACUGUAUGAGAAGUCUGGAUAUGAUUCUCAACCAAGCACACCUAUAGCUGUCCCCAUCAAUGAAGCUACUCUUCCUAGUGGCUUUGAUACCCGCACUACUCAUUCUAAGAUAACUCUAGCAACAUCUGCCAAUCCUGCUGAUCAUGAUAAACCGGUUGAUUUGCACCUUAAUGCGCCUGUUUCGGUUGAUUCCCAAAAUCAUGAACAACUCAAGACAGGAAAGGACCAUUUGGCAGUGAGUUCUGGAAUCUUUUCUACUCAAUUGCAAACAGUUACUGCAAAUCCUACUAGUGAUAAUAAACCAGGAACUACCCAGUUUGAACCAUCUGCUUCCUCUGUUCAGAAUUCAGGUAAGGAUGCCACUGCACUGACUUCUUCUGAGGUUGACAGUGCUGCUCCAAAUAAGGCACCAAGCAGGAGGAGGAAAGGGUCAACGCGGGAACCACGCACCAGAAGAACUUCUGCAGCAGCUGCAAGUGAACGCCGUGCCCGACUUACUGGAUCGAAGCAGGCAGAGGACACAAAGAAGUUAAAGAUGUCUGCAACGCCAACUACAACAGUGUGUGUUUUAGCGGUAGAGCAACAGGGAGCUGCCUCUUUAAGAGCUGAGGUUACCAAUGCUUCUGUUUGUGAAGAGCAGAAGAAUCCUGGGAGUCACGUGUCUUCUGACAUUUCAAUUCCUGUGGGGAGUCAUGUGCUGGGCGCAAUAAGUACUGAAGAAACAACUGCCACUGUGAUAACUCAGACUCCUGCAGUGGCUAAAUCAGAAGAAAGAAAACUUCCAGUAGGGGAUCAACAAGGUAUUCAGUUUGAUAGUACAGUACCACAAACGAAGAUGGUAUCAAAUGAUGAAAGCAUGCAAGGUACUGAAGUUAAUAAUUCGGAACAGACAAAAAUAGUUUCUGCUGCUGAACCAGCACCUGCAAAUGAUGAACACAUGCAAGGUACUGAAGUUAGUAAUUCGGAACAAACAAAAAUGGUUUCUGCUGCUGAACCAGCACCUGCAAAUGAUGAACACACGCAAGCUAUAGAGGUUGGUAGUUCAGAGCAACCAACAAGUAUGGUUUCAGCUGUGGAAUCAGCACCUUCAAAUGAUGAAGAACACACAACGCAUGAAGUGUAUCUUGAGACUGCUGCUGAUGAUAUGCUUACCUCUAGUGCAGCAACAGAUAUAUUGCGGGAUACAGUUGAGCAUGCAGCUCGCCAGGCCAAUGCAGCAUGUACAGAUGGAACCACAAGGCAGUCUGAAGCAUCACAACUUGAUAGCAAAGCCUCUCAUGAUGCCUCGUAUAAAGACACUACUACUACUGUCUCCACCAAAGAUGAUAGCAAAGCCUCUCGCGAUGCUUCUUACAUCUUGCCCAGUGAAGGCACUGCUGUUGAUGUUACUGGUUCUAAGCAAGAUGAUGUGAACAUUGUUGGCACACAAACUGCUGAUGCUUCCAGGGGUUCUUCUAGUCAUUUUCAAGCUACUUUACAAUCAACUGAGUCAGAUUGGCAUCCAGGUCAAGAGGAGAAUUUGGAGAGUAGGAAGGAGCAGGUGAAAACGGAAGAAGCUUUGGAUAACAGUUCUGGUGGCAAUCAAACUCACAGUUUGGGCGAUGAACCUUCUCAUGAUACAUCAUUAGCAAGAAAUUCUCCUUUGGAAUACUCGAAUGAGCGUUGUUCUGCUCAAGUAAUUGGUGAAACUUUCAAAAGUAAAGAAAAUAUUGUUGAAGUCCAUUCUGCCAUGAAUACUGAUGGCCCUGAUGAAGCUCUGGAUGCAUUGUAUGUCCAAUCUAAGGAGGCCAGCAUAACAGAUAGUGGUGUAGCUACCGAUGUUGAUAAAUUUGAAGGUAAAGAGACUAGUGUCGAGGUCCGUGAUGACAUGAAUACUGAUGGGCCUGAGGAUGCUCAGGAUGCUUUGUCCACCCAAUCUGAUAAAGAGGCCAGCAUGGUAGAAUUUGGUGUGUCUAACGAUGGUAGUCCCACAGUUUGCAAAGCACACAAUGAUCUCGAGGGUCAUGUAUCUUGUGAAGAUAGGACUGGUGGUGAUAUCCAUACCAAUGCAAAUUAUGGUUCUAAUAAUAAAAGUGAGGACACCAUUGUUAAUCCUGUUAAAACCACACGAGAACCGUUGGAAGAAAGCACCGUUAUUGUAUCAGAGAAUUCUGAUUUGAAUAAGCAAAGCCACACAUUGCAUACUGGAAAUGAUCCUCCUGCAAGUACCCUGUUGAUAGUUGAGUCUAACAAAGUUACUUGUGAUGCUGAAAUUGUUUGUGCUAGCAGAUUAGAGUCUUCUUGUAUUGAGGCUGAAACAGUGGCUAUCCAAGAGUCAGCUGUUACUGAUUUUGAGGGAACAAAAGGAACUGGGGAUUUGGGUCACAAAACUGGCAGUCCGCUGUGUGAUGAUGUUCAUGAUACAUCAUGUUCUGUGAUUGGUCUUGUGUGUGAGAAAGAACCUACUGAAGAUCUUACUGAUGGUAGCCAUUCAGAAGCACCUAAUUUACUUGCUGCUGUAGUACAAACUCGAGAAACUACUGUUGCAAACCAAGAGGAAAUCAUAGAUGCAGUAGUGUUUAUUGAUGCCUGCAAGGCAGAACCUGAUGGUGAUUGUACUGUUGCUAAAGGAGCUGAAGAGACUGUAGAAAUGGUUCAUUCUGUUGAAAAGCAAUCUGCUGUAUUAGAACAUGUUGAGAGACAGACGAAACAAACUACGAUUUGUGGUUCUGUGCUAAAUGAGUCCCCUCAGGCUGCAGGGUUGGAAGAGGACUGCUCUGUACUGAAGCAUGGCGGUCCUACUGCCUCAUCUGAGCUUCUUGCUGUAGCACCCAAUCCAAUCAGUGAAACUUCUGUUAUUCAAGCCGAACCAGAGGCAACAAACUCGGAUGGAUACUGCACAACAGAGGUUGGCAGUGCUUUAUCUGAAACUGUCAGGGGACUGGAGCCAAAUAAAGAAACUGCUGUUCCAAUGCAAGAGGAUAUUGAAGAAGCUAAUGAUACUUCUAAUAAUUGUGAAGCACACAAUAAUUCGGGGAUUCAUGCAUUUGGUGAAGUGUUGAUGGAAAUGCAGUCAUCAGAGGUCAAGGAAGUAUCUUUUAUUCAGUCUGGUGCAGCAAAUUUGAGCACACAGACUCCUGUACUGCCUGAUGAAACAGGACAAACCAAUGUGGCUUCGACUGCAGAACUAGUACCUACAAAUGAUGAUGAACACAUGCAAGGCACUGAUGUUAAUUCUGAGCAACAAACAAAGAUGGUUUCACCUGCUGAAUCAGCACCUGGUAAUGAUGAACACAUGCAAGACAUCACGGUUCUAAGUUCAGAACUGCAAACAAAGAUGGUUUCAGCUGCAGAGAUUGAUGCAUUAUGUGUCCAGGAGACUGCAAUUGUUGAUCUUGGGGGAACUAGAGGAACAGUUGAUCUGAAUGACAUUAGUACACAGGUUCCUGCAUUACCUGGAAGUGAUGUGCUAGGUGUGGAGGCACAUAAUUCAGAACCAAAAAAAGCAUCCUCACCAGGUGAUGAAAUUAUUAGUUCAGAACAACAAGCAGAAAUUGAAACGAUUGCAGAGACAGAAACAGUGAGCGUUAAGGAGAAUGCCAUUGCUGAUCAUGAGGAAACAGGUGACCAGAGUGGCGUAAGUAUACAUGCUCCUCUAUUAGCUGAAUCUGGAGAAAAGGGAUCACAUGGAGUUGAAUUGUGUGGUAUUGAGAUUGAGGCUAAUAAUUCGGAACAAGGAAAGAUGGUUUCAACUGUGGAAGCAGCCUCUACACCAGACGAUCUAGGGCGUCACACACAUGAAGUGCAUGUAACUGGUGAUGGUGCUAUAUUAUCUAGUGCGGAACAGGACACAUUGCAAGAUAACAUAAGCAGUGGUGCUGAUGUGGACCUAACAACCAGCCAAAGGAAAACAGACUCUGAAGGUAUCAAGGAUCCUUCUAUUGGGACUAACAUAGAGGAGAUCCAAGGCCCUUAUGAAACCUCGAACAAGGACCAUUUUACUGAUCCUCCUGCGACUACCCUGGUGAUAGCUGAAUCUGAUAAGGAUACCUGUGAUGCAGAAGUUGUUUGUGCUGGCAAGUUAGAAUCUUCUGGUGCUGAUGCUGUUGGAACGGUUGCUGUCCAGGAGGUUCCUGCUGUUGCUGGCGAUAGAGCAGGAGGGAUAGGUGUUGAAGGUCAUUGUUCAGAACAAGUAAAGAUGGCUUCGGUUGCAGAAGCAGCGUCUAGCCUGGCUUUAGUAGGAUAUUCUUCUUCAGAAGACUCAAUGGUGGAUGCUGCUGCCCGAGUAGCUGAUGGUGAUUUUGCGGAUAGUAAAGGGGCUGGUGUUGAUUGCCAAGAAACUAUGCCUACUCAAGCCACCUCUACCCUCCCAGAGAACAUGGAUUGGCAGAAUGAUUCUCUUGCAGCUGCUGCGGUGACGGUUGAACCAAUGUUUGCUUCCUCAUCUGAGCACGCUGCAGAAUCCAAGCCAAUUGAUGAAACUUCUGUUAUGCAAGUGGAACUGGCAACCAGUACAGGGGAUGAAUGUGCAGCAGAGGGUGACAAUGUUGUUUCAUCUGAAACUGUUGUGGAAUCAGAGCCUGUUCAAGAAACUGUUGUUCCUAGUCAAGGAGGUAGCAUAGAAGCUAAUAAUACUUCUACCAUCAGCGAAGUAAACAAAGAUACCGAGUCUCGUGCAUCUGGUGAAGUAUGCAAAGAUGCUCAGUCUCAUGGCGGUGAAUCUUACACUGAACUGCAAUUGGCACCUUCCUCUGGUGAGGAGGCCAUGAUAUUGUGUAGUGAGCUGCCCAGCCAGGAGGUGAAGGAGGCUCCAAGCAGUGAACCUUUGGGGUAUAAUGAAAAUGUGAAAACAGAAAAUGAUUCUUCUUCUCAAGAACCAGUCAAUGAGGAAUCUGCUCCUGGUGCUGAAAAUGCAAAGAUUGAUGAAGCUGACACAGAACAGCAACUGCCUCCUGGGCAGCAGGUGAAGGAGGCUCCAAGCAACCCUUUGGGGAAUAAUGAAAAUGUGAAAAUGGAAAAUGAAGCUUCUGCUCAGGGACCAGUAAAUGAGGAAUCUGCUCCUCGUGCUGAAAAUGUAAAGAUUGAUGAAGCUGACACAGAACAACUGCCUCCAUCUGGUGAGGCCAUGGUAGACAUAUCUAGCGAGCUACUCAGCCAUGACGAAAAGGUGGCUCCAAGCACAGUCCCUUUAGGAAAUGAUGAAGAUGCACAUAUGGAAGAGGCUUCUGCUGCACAGAGAGAGCUAAGCACUGAAGUUGCUCAUGGUAGUGAAAAUGCGAAACUUAGUGAAGCUGGCACGUCUGGUGAGGCCAUGGUAGACGUAUCUAGCGAGCUACUCAGCCAAGAUGAAAAGGUGGCUCCAAGCACUGGCCCUCUAGGAAAUGAUGAAGAUGCACAGAUGGAAGAGGCUGCUGCUGCACAGAGAGAGCUAAGCACUGAAGUUGAUCAUGGUAGUGAAAAUGUGAAACUUGGUGAAGCUGGCACGGAGCUGCAGUUGCCACCACCUUCAUCUGGUGAGGCACUGGUAGACAUAUCUAGGGAGCAACUCAGCCAAGAGGUGCAGGAGGUUGCAAGCUCUGGGCCCUCAGGAACUGAUGAAAAUACUGAGAUGGAACGGCUAAACACCAAACAUUCACCUGGUGGUGAAACCUCAAAACUUGUUGGAGCUGAUCCGGGAAUACAAUUGCCACCGUCUGGUGAGGCUGUGGUAGAUAUAUCUAAUGAGCCACCCAGCUGCCAAGAGGUAAAGGAGGCCCCGAGCAGUGACAGUUUGGGAAAUGAUGAAAAUUCAGACACCGAGAAGACUGCUGCUGCCUUACAGGGACGGCUAAACACCGAGCUUGCUCCUAGUGGCGAAAAUACAGAAUCUAAUGAAGCUGACACUGGGAAACAAGAGACACCCGUGUCUGCUGAUGCUAUGGUAGAAUCAUCCAGCGAGCCUCCCAGCGAUGAGGCAAAGGAAGCUCCAACCACUGACCUGUCUGGGGAUGAUGAAAAAGCAAAGUCGGCAAGGGCUGCUGUUGUUGCGGAACUUUUUGGAGAUGCAACAGAAGGUGGUUCGGAUCAGCCAUUGCCGUCUCCAAGAGAACAAGGCAAGGAAGCAGAGGCUGAUGGUGACUUGUAGAGUAAAUUAUGCAAAUAUUGUAUUAAGAGCUACUAGAAUCUGUGUAAGUAAGAAAUGAUAUUAGUGCUUUAGUUGUAACUGUUGGAAGCUUUUACUCAGAAUCAAAAGCAACGUGCUGAGAUUACAGCAACAGUGGCCCACGGCAGUUUACUACUGUUUGAUGUUCCUACUGCGUUUUGUUGAGACAGACAGUUGAUCUGUCUCGUCUUGCAUCGAAGUUAGCUUUGCGCCAUGUUA